AGAAAAGUUGAUGGUACCACCACUGAGAAGAAAUGAAUAAAGGCCAAAAACCUGACCCGAACUUCUUUCCCUCUCUCUCUGCUCAGUGCUCAGUUCUUCUAGGCGUUGAAUUUGAGUCUCCGUUUUCUGCUACGGCUUCUUUCUCGUAGGACGAAAUUGCCCUUGGUUUACCUUCAAAACCCCAAACCUAACCCUGUUUCGUGUGUCCUUUCAGAUUCUACCAUCCGUCAAAGAUCCUAUCCUCUCUCCUCAAAAAAUCUCCCCUCUCCAUGGAACCAGUAGGAGCAGAGGAAGUUUGCUUAUAGUGCAAAAACAGAAAAAAAAAAAAGACAAGCUAAAGGAAGAAAAUCGAAUGGAUUUAACGGAAGGAGUUGGAGAGAGCUCUUCACCGCCGAGAAGCUUUGGUAGUGUUAGCAACUACGAUGUGCGGAGCGACGUGUAUAAUCGCUUCAUAGAAAGUGGUCACGAAGAAGCUGUUUCAAAUCCUGAGUUGUUUCGCGAACUCCUCGACUCUCACUUCAAUCGCUUGCCUGCUAGUUAUGGACUGGAUGUUAACAUGGAUAGAAUAGAAGAUGUUUUGCUACAUCGAAAACUUCUCGCUAUGGCGAAGGAUCCAGCGAGACGUCCUGUUUACCAUAUCCGUUUCUUAGAGAACCUUUGCACUAAAACAGAGGGCAAUGGCGACCAACAGUUUAUUAGUAUGACUCCUUUCCCAAGGCCAGCGUGUGAUAUAGAUGAUGGAGUUGUGCCAUCACAAAAGAGAAUCAGGGAUUGUACGAUUGAAGGUGAACCUUUGUCUAAGCUUGAGGAUCUGAAUUUGGAUGUUAGAAAGAGCUCCAAGGACAUGGAGGAGAAGUAUCAUCCAGAGGAUGUAUCCAGAAGGCAAGAAGUUUCACAUGUCCCGAUUCAUGAAGUAAUAUUUUCUACUGUAGACAAGCCCAAGCUUCUUAGUCAGCUUUCUGCUUUGCUUUCAGAUAUAGGGCUUAACAUCCGUGAAGCUCAUGUGUUUUCAACUACUGAUUGCUACUCUCUGGAUGUAUUUGUGGUGGAUGGGUGGCCUAUUGAGGAUACAGAUGGUUUGUAUAAGGCUAUGGAAGAAGCAAUUGCUAGAAGCGAGGGGUCGUGGUCCGGUUCUUCACAUUGUCAUUCAUCUGUAGGUAAAGCUGUAGCAGCUCAAGCAAAAUCUGGAGAUUGGGAAAUAGAUAGAAGGUUAUUGAAGAUAGGAGAAAGAAUUGCAUCUGGAUCUUGUGGAGAUCUGUAUCGUGGUGUUUACUUUGGUGAAGAUGUUGCCAUUAAAAUUCUUAGAUCUGAGCAAUUAAACGGCACUCAAGAAGAAGAGUUUGCUCAAGAAGUGACAAUUCUAAGGGAAGUCCAACAUAGAAAUGUUGUUCGUUUUGUUGGUGCAUGCACUAAAUUUCCACAUUUGUGCAUAGUUACAGAGUUUAUGCAUGGAGGAAGUCUCUAUGAUUACUUGCAUAAGAACCAUAAUGUAUUGAAGCUCCCUCAAUUGCUGAAGUUUGCGAUUGAUGUUUGCAAAGGAAUGGAGUAUUUGCAUCAAAACAACAUCAUCCAUAGAGAUUUGAAGACAGCAAAUUUGCUCAUGGAUACUCAAAAUGUUGUUAAGGUAGCAGAUUUUGGGGUUGCUCGGUUCCAGAAUCAAGGGGGAGUAAUGACAGCAGAGACGGGAACCUACAGAUGGAUGGCACCUGAGGUCAUCAACCAUCAGCCAUAUGAUCAGAAAGCAGAUAUAUUCAGCUUUGCCAUUGUAUUGUGGGAGCUAGUAACUGCAAAGAUUCCAUAUGAUAGCAUGACUCCACUACAAGCUGCCCUGGGAGUGAGACAGGGGCUGCGUCCUGAUCUCCCUCACAGUGCACAUCCAAAACUUUUAGACUUGAUGCAAAGAUGCUGGGAAACAGUUCCUGACAGGCGGCCAUCCUUCUCUGAGAUAACAGUUGAACUUCAAACACUUCUGCAAGAAAGUCAGGAAAUUAUGGAAGCGGUCAAUGGGAACUGACAAUUUCUGUAUGCAACAAUCUAACGCCCGUUUUGAUGAUUUGCCUUCUGUUCUUUCAACAUAGUUGUGUUAAAAAAGAAAAACAUAGUUAUAUAGAGGUUUUAUUGUACAACCUAGGGAAAAGGAUUUUAGGCUUGUCCGUUACAACACUAAAGAAACAAAGAGCAAGGUCUUUUUUUACUUGUGAGAUUUCAAAGCUUUUUAGUAUCAAGACGUGUAUACUUUCCUACAAAGAUCAGUCACGCUUGAAAUUUGUUGUAAUUAUGAUGACACUCUAUUUGUUUUCGAAGGUUUUUAUUUAUUUUCCAAAAUAUGAAUUUCGAA